UACACCUCGCAGUUUUACCCCGGAACCUAGAAGUAAUGUUGCACUUCUCUCAGCAUAAAGGCCGUCAGAAGACACGUGUUUCCUGUAGAUCUUGUGGAUACUUGUAGUAGUCCAGGGUUUUCUAUAACUCCCACAACAGAACGUUUGGAUGAAGUUAGGGUGCAUUUUGUGAUGACAAAGCAACCGUACGCCAGAUGAUUUCAGUGGACUGUUGAAGUCAGGAUUCUACGGCACCCGAGGACGCUCUCGGUUUUAUAAUGCACCAGUAUUUCUAGGUUGUAAUAAAGAGCCCAAAUUUCUCAUGCUGUCAUGAAUAACAUUUUUAUUGAUCCAAGACAAGAUUUGGACGUGUUUGGUAGGCGUAAUCCCCCAGACAAGCCCCAGUAAUGGAUUAUAGAAUUAUGUCACCAGUUUCCUCAUGGAAUCACAGACCAAGUGAUUCAGAACGAAAUGCCUCAGAUAGAAGCCCAACAGCGGGCAGUGGCCAUCAAUAGACUCUUGUCCAUGGGUCAAUUGGAUCUCUUAAGGAGUAAUACAGGCCUUUUAUACAGAAUAAAGGACUCUCAGAAUGCUGGUAAAAUGAAAGGAUCAGAUAACCAGGAAAAACUAGUAUAUCAGAUCAUAGAGGAUGCAGGAAAUAAAGGAAUAUGGAGCAGAGAUAUUCGUUAUAAAAGUAACUUGCCAUUAACGGAAAUCAACAAAAUUUUAAAGAAUUUGGAAAGUAAAAAACUUAUCAAAGCUGUUAAAUCUGUAGCGGCCUCCAAAAAGAAAGUAUAUAUGCUGUAUAACCUGCAGCCAGACCGGUCUGUGACUGGUGGGGCCUGGUACAGUGACCAGGAUUUUGAAUCUGAAUUUGUAGAAGUGCUUAACCAACAGUGCUUUAAAUUCCUACAAUCUAAGGCAGAAACAGCUCGAGAAAGCAAACAGAAUCCAAUGAUUCAGAGAAAUAGUUCAUUUGCCUCAUCACAUGAAGUGUGGAAAUACAUCUGUGAAUUGGGGAUCAGUAAGGUAGAGUUGUCCAUGGAGGACAUCGAAACCAUCUUGAAUACCCUCAUUUAUGACGGGAAAGUGGAGAUGACAAUCAUUGCUGCAAAGGAAGGCACAGUUGGCAGUGUAGAUGGACACAUGAAACUGUACAGGGCAGUCAGUCCAAUCAUCCCGCCCACAGGCUUGGUCCGGUCACCCUGCGGACUCUGCCCAGUCUUUGAUGACUGCCAUGAAGGGGGUGAGAUUUCACCGUCUAACUGUAUUUAUAUGACAGAGUGGCUUGAAUUUUAAUGAAGAGCUAUGAACUUUACUGACAUUUUGCAAAUGAGGUCACUUUGCAAGCAAGUAAUUGAAUUCAUAAUGAACUUCAAAUUUCCUUGAAAUCAUGUUCCACAAUAAUGGAUACAGACUUGCGGCUGUGAAAGCUUUUUCUCCUCUACUUUAUGAAGACUAAAUUUGUAUUGGUGGAAUAGCCACCAGAAAAUGGGACAGACCGGGCUUGGGAGAAGCCCACUCUGCAGCACUGGAGGAUCCCAUCCUUUGAUGUCUCAAGACUUUGGAUGACUCAAAGAGAAAGAAGUCAAACAUUUACCAAGCACUAUGGUAAUGGCUAGAGCACAAAAAUGUUCAUUUUAAGAUCAUUUGUUAAAUUUUUCAUCGGAAACAUUCAUCUGAUUCACUGUCACCAUUUGUGUUUUCUCUUUCCUCAGUGGUUUGUGAUGGCAGGAAUAGCAGAGCUGGGACUGUGCACAGACUUGGUGCAUGCACUGGGGAGUGGAACAUCCCUGUUAAUUCCUUUUUAUACAGCAUUUCUCUCAGGACUGUGCUACCAUACUCACCUUGAUCCCCAAAUGGUGACUGUUGUUCAGAGUAUAUUUCCAGUGUACAAAUACUAAUGAUCAUUUUUAUCCUAAAGGGAAUAUUUUCACUCCUCCUUUGUUGUUAAAGGUUUGUUUCAUUCUGUGUCUCAAUAAUAUUCUCGCUAGAAUUUCUCUUAGUGUGCAGUGUUUGUCCCAACCCCCCAACCCACCCCCAGCAGACACACACCACCACUCCAAAUCUGAGUGUUGGAAUCAGAUCUCCCAGGUGAUGAGCUGUUUAGUUUUUGAAACAAGGUCUCCUUAUAGAGCGUAGGCUGGCCUCAAACUCACUAUGAAGCCCAGGCUAGCCUUGAC